AUGGAGAAAGGUGAGGUACCCUUAGACGGCGGGCUUGCGGAAAAGCUGGAGUCGAAGAGUUGGAAGGAUAGGCAGGAGGCAUAUACUAUACUUGGAUCCUUAUGGAGUGAGGGAAAGAUGGCGGAUCCAGAAACUGUUCGAAAGCUUCAAAACGAAACUAACAUCCCUGCGCUUGAGGCAGCCAUAGAUGCUCUUUUGCAUGUGAAUGGUCUUAGAGUUGGCGAUGUUAAGAAGGUCUUUGUGAAUAUCGGGAAUCCAAAGACCAGCAUCAAGACCAGGAUCGAUAGCUUAAUUGGCAAGCUGGAGGACACUGAAGAGCUUGUGGAGACGCUGUGUGAGCUCCUAAGCUCUAAGUCACCAAAGAAUGUUGUUGGAGCAUUGUCAGCCAUUUGCGGUGUUAUCAGGGAAAAGGGAUGUGACUUGAAGGUUGUGGGAAGCAGGAUAGGGGAAAUUAUGAGGCAUGCGGAUAAGAACAUUAGAAGCGAGGGAUCAAAGCUAUGUGUGGAGCUGUACAGGAGAAAUGGAGAGGCGGUUUUACCGUAUUUGAAUGGACUAAAGCCAAUACAGCAAAAGGAACUGAUGGAGGAAUUUGACAAGUGCAACCCUAUUGUCGAAGAAGAGGCUAGUAAUGAGCCUACACGCAUUUCCGAGAACCUCUUUAGGGAUGCCUCUGAUGACAAUUGGAAGACCCGGCUGGAGGCCAUGGCUAGCAUCAAAAGAUUAGCCAGAAGCAUUGAGUACAGCAGUGAAUUGAACAGUCUUUUCUGUAGAAGAAUAGGGGACGUUAAUAAUCAAGUGUUCCAUGUGACUCUUGAGGCCCUUAAUGAGCUGAAGCCUAGGAAUGCUGAAAUUACAAGGGGACUCAUUGAAAGACUCAAGGAGAAGAAAGAUACAACUUCCGAGAAGAUAAAGGAAACCCUUUCGUGCCUUGGAAUUAAGAUAGAUGGAAGUAAUGCCGAGUUUUUGCGGCAUAAGAAUCCUCAGGUGAGACUGAAUCUAUUAGACUACUCAUUGAGAGAUUUGCAAAACGAUAGAGGAUUCAUUAAAAUGGUAGGGAAUUGCAUUCUUGACCCUGUCGGGGAAGUUAGGAGCAAAGCAAUGGACGUGGCUGUUGGAAUAUAUAAAAAGUAUGGGAACGUAUUUGACGGGGUUGUUAAUUCGAAUGCCCUUUUGAGAAUCAAUAGAGCUAUAGGGGAGAUGUAUAAAGAAGGGGCGCCCGGCAACUUUGAAGGUCUUCAAACAGCAUCAGAUAAGAAAGUAAGAGUGUCCGAGGCCAUUGCUGUCGAGGAAGACAAAGCCUCGAAAGACAGGAAGAGCGGGCCCGCAAGCAGUGGGAAGAAUUGCUGCAAAGACAAGGGCCUUGUUUCUAAAGAAGAUGGUAUUGGAAACAAGAGGAAGCAUUCUGAAGCAGGCGUUGAGGUUCUUCUCAAGAGUGUUAGUAAACAGAGAGUUAAGGGAAGUGGAUGCAGAGAAGAGGUUUUUACGCCCCAGUUUAUCCAGAUGAUGGACAAUGGGCCGUUUCACCAGGUCUAUGACCUAUUCGACAGUAUAGACAAGAUUGCUGUUAGUGAUUUUCUGAUAGAUUUUCUUAUAGAAUCAAACGCCUCAGAAGCAUUUAUUAAUUCUACACUCUUGUCGUUUAUCUCCAAUAGGUAUAUCCUGAAAGAAUCUGAGUGCAGGAAACUUGCGGAAUAUCUCCUGUCCAACGAAAUGUUUGAGGAGUUGGGGAUGAUGGAUAGGGUUUAUCCCGUGACAAAGUUAUUUCUGGUUUACCAAAAGAUAGGGACCAAGGAGUCCAGUGACGAGAUAUUGAAGUUGGUGAAGAAGUAUAAAAUGUUCAGGGGAGACAGGAAGCAGUUUAUUGAAGGAAUCAAGAAAAGAGGAAGAGUGGAAGUGGAGGAUGCAAUAAAGGGGUGUCCAGACUUCCUAAGCUUUGUGGAUGAGCUUGAGGGAAGCUUUAUGUCGAUAACAGAAGAAGACUGUGGUGAUGCGCAGACAGUAUCAGGACCUGGGGAAAGGGGCGAUGGCCUUACUUGCCAGCAAUCGAAAGAGAUUGAAAAGCCCGGAGACAGAAAAGAAGUAGACGUGGAGAUGCCGCGUAUUCAUGACGAUUCCUUCGCAGUUGAGGACACAAACAUCGAGGCUUCUUUUGAGGCUUUGAGCAUACAUUCUGUGUCUGGCAUCUUCACACCGAACUCGAAGAAAGUUAGAAAGGAAGUUGUGCUUCCAGAAAGAGAGAUCAGUGGGCUAGAGUUGGUUCUAGACCACCUUAUUGACUCAAACCCGGAUGUUAGCGAGGUUGCCUUCAAGAGACUCAUGAGUAUUAUAGAUGGCGGAGUUGAGCCCCUCUUGUCCUUUUCGAACUCGAUUGUCAGUUCAAUCUCUAUCCAGCUUUUCGACGUACUCCACAACCCAUCGUUUUCGGAACUGAUCCUUCAGGCUUUUUUCAAACUCAGCCAAAGUAAGCUUUUCUGCGAGCAGCUGAGGAGGGAAACUCUGCUCAGUGCCAACACAGAUCUUAUAAAGAUAAUGAAGAAGCAGAAUGCCAAAGGAAGUGAUGUUAGACCAUCUGUUUUGGGUAGCCUUCCACAAGAUACCUCGCUUAUAGGCGAGAUCUUGAUCAACUUAUGCCUAAACUCUAAGCCCAGCCUUAUCCUGGAGGUGUAUCUAGAAAUGCUAGCCUCUUCCAAAGAGGAGAUUCUCCUGAAGCUUGUGUGGAGACAUUCGAAGGCGUUAAAAAUGGACGACAAGGAAGAGCUUGUAAGAGUUCUCGAUGUAUUAAUGCGCUUUUAUGACGAGAACUACACCUCAAUUCUUUCUGAGGACAACGUCACCCUGAAGAUACUGCAGCUUCAUUUGAAGGAGAUGGUUAAGUUCUAUAGAAAAGAUAUAUACAGAUUUGGAGUUCGUGGUCUUGCCAAGAUAUUUGUAGGCUCCAUGAUUGAGAAUACCGAGUCUGUCCAUCAUCCCGGAGAUAAGAAGGUUGAUUCUAACUAG